AUGCCAUUGAAGAACAAUCAGCAAAAGCCAAUCAUCGAUGGAAAUGAACAGCGGGGUCAUGGCAUUCCAAUCUACGUAUGCAUUGAUGGAGAAUGGUCCCUUCUUGAUGAACCUUCUCACACAUGCCAACAGAGCUCUCAAAAUGUCAUCUUCACGGCGAACAUCUCUGUCGGAACCCCGCCGCAGUAUUUCAAGCUCGCUAUCGAUACACUCAGCAACGUCAACUUGAUCCCCUCCGCCGACUGCGAUUUCUUCUGUGCCGACCCAUCAAAUCAUUACAAUUCAUCUCUCUCCUCAUCUUUCGAAGCAGUACGUAACGAGAACAGCGAUCGAGUCCCCUGGACUGUUCGCUGGGCCGAUGUCAACUACCAAGGCAAGCUCUCAAAUGACACAAUCCACCUUGGCUCGCAUGACGUCCAGGGUCAGAUCUUCGAGGAAUGGACCUCCGCCAUGCUGGCGACGCCGGGCGGCAUCGACAUCGGCUAUGAUGGAGUCCUCGGUAUUGUACCAUCAUGGACAUGGUCCGACCAAGGCAUCCCCAACAUCCUUUACGCAAUGGAAAAAGCGGGCAACAUACUCGACAGGAACAUCUUCUCCCUGCGCUUCCCGCGCAGCAUGACAGACGUCGGGGAACUCCUGUUCGGCGACACAAACCCAGAGCUUUAUGAAGGGGAGCCGAUCAUGCUACCAACAGUUAACCGUCAAAGCUCCGAAGCUGAAUACAGACCUUGGCUCGAUUACUGGACCCUUCCAGCCUCGAAAAUCUCCUUCAAUUCGCCACUACCCUUGCAUGUAGACCUGUCCAACACUUCGUACGCGGUCCUCGAUUCUGGCGGUCCAUGGAUCGUCCUACCCUCGGAGCUUGCGCGCAACAUCACAGCCGCGAUUGGAGCAGAGGAAGGGCCUUGGUGGUUUCAUUCCGUCCCGUGCUCCCGCCGACCAUAUCUCCCCGACCUGACAUUUGAGCUCGGAGGCCACAACUUUACCAUCACCGCAUUCGAGUAUACGAUGGAGAUGGAUAUCUGGCAAGAGCUGGGACUGGUCUGCUUGUCAUCGAUUUGGGGGGCUGAUGAGUUUGGAUUUCCGGGCAAUGGGGAGUGGAUCAUGCUUGGUAAUGCGUUCUUGAGGGCUUUCUAUAGUGUCUUCGACUUCGAGAAGCAGGAAGUUGGAUCCCAAAACAUCUCCCACCCCACCUGGCCCCCCGACCCCUCCCCAAUCCAAUACCACGGCAACAGCUUCCUCCUCAAAGACUUCCGGGCCGGAUACAGCGCGCCCUCCUUCCUCCAAAACAGCCUGGCACCCUGCCGUCUCAAAAUCCUCGGCGAAAUCGACGAAUUCGCGCGCCAGCAAAGCGACCCGUACCCUGGCGACAGUUUCUACUGCGGCAUCCCGCCGUGCCUCGAGAACAGUCUGCACGUCUUCGGCGUCGUCAACUCCAUGAGCUACAGCGACGUCAUCGAUAUCUUGGGUUUCUUGCAGUAUGUGCUGGAGAGGAACCUUUUUGGGGAUGAGGUGCCCAGUUUUGACUUUACGGUUUGUAUUGGGAGUUUGGAUUCGGGCAGGUGUUUUGGGCCGAGGAGUCAGCCGACGAUGAUUAGGUCGGGUAUUGUCGGGACUUGGAGCCCGAAUUUGUCGGUGGCGAAUGUGACGAUGGAGGAGGCUUUGGCGGCGGCGGUGGGCGGGAAUCAGACGAUGGCAGGGCCGGGAAUCGAGGGGGCUGUGCAGGUUUCGAAACGUGCGGAUACGGCGGAGCUUGCGAUUCGGAAUAGUCUGCCGGAUCCUUACCAGGUCCCUUUCGCUCCGUAUAUAUUGUCUAUUUCCUCUUACCGGCCUCCGCUUCAGCGCGCGAGCGUCUUUGUUGAUGCUACAGGCUUUUGUGUGGAGCAGGUCGCUGAUGAGGCUAUGACGAGGCAUGCGGCCAUGUCGGAUACCUAUCCUGGUAAUCGCUUUUUGUGUUUGGCUGAGCCUGAGAAUGGCGAUUAUGCCAUUGUGUUGGAAACGCUGGUGACUGAGGUUGCGUGGGCUUUCACCUAUCAGGAGAUCGUGAGGUUCUUGGGAGAUCUGACGAAAACUGCUUUGGGGUUCGGAAAUGAGGUGCCGAGUUCUGAGAUAGAGAUUUACUUGAAGAGCAAUGGGCCUGCGGUGAAGGUCGUGCAGGGUAGUUGGGGACCAAGGGUUGUGAAAACAGCUUCGGCGUUGACGAGCAAGCUUUGA